AUGCACAGCACUCACUCAAAUAUUACCAACACUGUACUAUGUUACAUCGCCACCUUUCUCCGUCCGCCAGGGUUCCUGUUCUCUUAUAUCACCAACAAGGUGAUUCUGGGCGCCAUUCCAUUGGCUGUCCACGAAGUCAACGAAAACCCCAGCCUUCUGCCGGGUAUUCAUCUGGAUUUUGUACCGGCAGACACCGGCGAUGCUACCAGGGGUCGACAUAAGUCGCGCGCCAUCCAGCGGAUGACGACCAUGCGCGAUGAUGGCGUGAUGGCGUUCAUCGGGCCCGGAGAGUCGUGCGUCAACGAGGCGCUGGUGGCCGCCGCCUGGAACCUGCCGCUCAUCACAUACCAAUGCUCUGACCCGCGCGUCUCGGACAAGGAGACCUACCCGACGACGGCUCGCACCCGUCCGCCGUCCACCAAGAUCUCCAAGUCGGUGGUAUCGCUGCUGCUGAGGUUCGGCUGGGACCGUAUCGUCAUGGUGCGCUCCACAAAGAAGGAGUGGAGCAUGAUCGCCGACGCCAUCAGGGAUCUGGCACUAGCCCACGGAGUGGACGUUCAUAAGUCUCACAACAUCGGAAACUACCUCUCCUUCUCACACAAGGACACGCUGAAUGAAAUCGCUCGGACCCGGGAGAGCACUCGAGUGUACGUGUUCGUUGGCGAACAUAUUCUCCUGGUUGACUUUGUGGAACAUAUGUACGUCUCCGGCUACCUGUCCACUGGAAAAUACGCCAUCAUAGCAGUGGAUGAGGAAAUCUACGUACCCGAUGUCAACCCUGAGUGGUACAUGGUAAAAGGCUAUGCCAACCCGCUGAGAGACAAUCGGACAUUGGACAAAGAGGCACUGAAAAAUAUCUACGAGCCUUGGAGAAGUGUGCUCAAACUAACUCCAAGCCAUCCAACCAGACCAGACUACAAAGAAAUAAUGAACAAAAUAAAGAAUGCGUCACGGGAGGACCCAUUCAACGUUCCAAUUCACCCGACCAUUCUGAAAUCAAUGAAGGUGCCCGUGUCGGCCGCGCAUGCCUACGACGCUGUCCUCAUGUACGCCCGAGCUGUUACUGAAGUGCUCGCCGCCAAAGACGACCCCACCAACGGUACGGCGGUACUGCAGAGGAUACGUGGCCACAACUUCAUGUCACUACGCGGGUACACGGUUCAUGUGGAUGAAAACGGCGACGCCGAGGGGAACUACUCGGUGGUGUCGCUGCUGCCAGAUGAAUCUGGCAACAGCACUCUGCCCUACCGGAUGUUGCCAGUUGGCUAUUUUUCUACCAAGGACGGUCAGAACACGUCUUCCGGGCCGGCCAGCGACCUUCCGGAGUUCCGCUACCUGAACCCCAGUCAGGGCAUCCAGUGGGUGCUGGGCCACCCUCCCGAGGCGCACCCACCGUGCGGCUUCGACGGCAAGCGGUGCUCCAUCGACCCGGACCCCAUGACCAUAGUCCUGCUGACUCUGGCCGUGUGCGUCGUCCUGGUGGCAGCCAUCUUCGCCUUCAGGCACUACCGUCACGAACUGAAGCUGGCGUGUCUUCUAUGGAAAAUCGAUCUGAGAAGCGUGCAGCUGCUGGAAGCAAACAGCAAUGACAACUUCGGAGGACAGCAAUUCAAGCCGGCGACAGGGUGCAUUCACCAGCGCGCUGGAAAUGAUGCCAGAGAGGAGGCGCGCUCAGGAACUGAUGCUACCUAUUGCAGGAUUGGCAUAUACAAAGGAACUAUUGUAGCUGUCAAGUUCAUCAACAAGAAAAGUGUUGAUCUGACCAGGAGCAUUAGGAAAGAGCUCAAGUUGAUUCGCGAGCUGCGCCACGACAACCUGCUGCCGUUCCUGGGCGCCUCGGUGGAGCCGGGCCAGGUGUGUGUUCUGGAGCCGUACUGCGCGCGUGGUUCGCUCCGGGACAUCCUCAACAACCAUGACGUCGUGCUGGACAACAUGUUCGUCGCCUCGCUCAUCUUUGAUCUGCUCAAGGGAAUGAUCUACCUGCACGACAGUGAGAUCAUAUCUCACGGCGGUUACGAUC